AUGGUGGCAACUUUUUCACCGCACCGGGAUGCGGGCGGCACUCUCCAUCUGCCGUCUCACACAGGAAUCCAUCACGUUGAUGCCAGCUCCGCCAUCCGACAGUUGCGGCGCUCGUUGUCGCGCUCUCCGUCCAAGAGCUCCAACUUCUCUCUUCUCGCCUCGCGAAGUCACUCGCCCUCCAAAUCCACACCCUUCAUCUCCUCUGCGCUGUCGCCAUCGCGGCGCUCCAGCCAAAGCAGCUUUGUGCUCUUCCCCAGUUCGUCUCACCCGUCUCCCUUCGCGCUUCCCUACCCCCAAAGUGCCAAAAUCACACGGCCCGUCAUGCGACGGACGCGGACCUCGCCACGCAGCCCCGUCAAGCGCGCUCUCAACGUCUCCACCGAUCAAGGGAAUGCAAAGCCGAUCCCGCCGGCUCCAGUCAUGAUGACCACGUCGCCAAGCGGUGCGGAGAAUACACCAGGCGACCUGGAGAGUCUCUCGGAUGAUGCCAUCGCGGAGACCAUGUGCUUAAAUGACGGAUCGACAUCCGCCGACUCCACGCCGGCGCCGCGACCGUCGUUGUCUCGAAUCGAGAAGCGCCGCAGCGGAACGUUUGGCUCCUUUGCCACGGUCAGCCCAUUAAAGCGCAGCGAUGGCAUCAUGCAUCUCGACCGGGCGUCGCGCGGCAGUCCUUCAGCCAAGAGGCGCAGUGUGCACGCUGCCACCUACGCGGGCGAUUUCAGUAUCUUUGACAAUGAAGGCCCGUCCGCCAACCCCGUCGAAGACUUCUCUGCCGAGACCCCCAUGGCCCAUGAGGCUUCGUCGUUUUUCCCCUCCACCACGCCUCCUUUUAGCAGCCCUUUCAAUACCAUCCCGAAACGCUCCUCCUCGCUCCGUCGGUCGACGCUCCAACAGCGUCAAGUGGAUCGCUCGCUCUUCUCCCGCCCUCGGAACAUGGGUGACGAGACCCUGGACCCAGCUUCCCCGGUCCCGGCUCGCCCCCGCAUGUCCUUGGACGGCGGUCUCUUCCAGCCAAAUCGGGACAGCCUGUUUUCACCCCGACCCGCACCGGUGAGCCCUCUCUUCUCAACGAAUCACCCCGGCGCGGGACCGACGCGUCCGGCUGCGCAUCCCCUGUCUCGCACCAUCACGCAGUCCUCCUCGGGUUCCAGCUUGGCCGACGAUUCGCCCACCCACGAACCCAUGCACAAGCUCGAGCGGCCCAAGGGUGUUUUCAAUUUCUCCAAGUCCCUUCCGGCGGGGGCGACCAGACCAGCCCCGGUCCGUCACCUCUCCCGGGAGGACUCGACAUCAUCCGUGGACUCGUUUGCGACGCCGGAAAACUACAAGCUCGUCAAACCUCUUCCGGCCGCGUUCAUGUCGACGGGUCUCAUCUCGAAGCGGAAUCGCAAUGCUGAAGACCAUCAAAGCUCCCUGGGCUACAGCAAAAACAUGCCCGAUACCCCGUGCAAGCGGCCCAUCAAUCUGUUUCCCACCGGACAGAAACCGCUCGGCGAGUGGGAACGGCCCCGGAUGGUUCCCCACGCCGAUGCCGCCGCACCUCCCUCCCCCUCCCACCUUUCCAGUACUCGUCCCAAGCCGGGCCCGUUUGGCCGGGGUAUGGGAAUUUUCGGGAGCUCCUUCAACAAGCCGGACCUCUCGCGCCGGGGCAGCUUUGUGAGCGUGGAUGGCGAUGAGCUCAUCACCCAAUCUCAGUCUCCCUCCGCCCAGAUGGACAGCCAACCCAUGGGCGAGAACGAUUUUCCUCCGACCCCGACGAAACAGACCUUCUUCCCAUCCCGCACCUACCCACCCGCCACCUCCCAAAUUGCCUCGCUGGAGAGGCUCUCCGAGACUCUCGGAGGAACCAACUCGAGCCCCCUCCACGACAAGUUCCAGCGUGGAUCCCCCCACACGCCGCGAGAUUCUCAUCUCUUUCCACCCGACCCGAGCGGUCUCUCCAUUUCCGCUGCCAAUGAUCAGCAUUCAAUCCAGCCCGACUUCCACUCCGCCACGCUGCCCGCGACCCCCACUGGUCCCCGUGAUUCCUUUGUGUUGGCUGGGAAGCGGCCGAGUUUGCCCCUGAAUGGCUACAAUGCCCCCGACGUGGAUCCGAGUUUGACCUCGCGCUUUGAACAGAUUGAGCUCGUGGGAACCGGGGAAUUUUCCCAGGUCUACCGUGUGGCCCAGCCCGAUACCACGUCGGCCUCGUCAAUCUUUUCUCUGCCGAGCGGGACCACAUCACCCAAAACCUUGCCGGACCGGGUGUGGGCGGUCAAGAAAUCAAAGCAGCCAUAUGUGGGACUGAAAGAUCGUGAGCGCCGUAUUCGCGAGGUGGAUGCCCUCAAGGCUCUCGCCAAUUCCGACCACGUCAUCUCCUUGGUCGAUAGUUGGGAAGAUCAUGGCUAUCUUUACAUUCAGACUGAGUUCUGUGAGGAAGGCAGCUUGGACGUUUUCCUCGCCCAGGUCGGCCUCAAGGCUCGACUCGAUGAUUUCCGGAUUUGGAAAAUCCUGCUAGAAUUGUCUGUGGGACUCAAACAUAUCCACGACUCAGGCUUCAUCCAUCUUGACCUGAAGCCAGCGAACAUCUUGAUUACUUUUGAGGGGGUAUUGAAGAUCGCCGACUUCGGUAUGGCCGCCCGGUGGCCUGCAGAGGACGGAAUCGACGGCGAAGGCGAUCGCGAGUACAUUGGGCCCGAGAUCUUGAUGGGCCGCUACGAUAAGCCCGCCGAUAUCUUCUCCCUCGGCUUGAUUAUGUUCGAGAUCGCGGGCAAUGUGGAGCUGCCCGACAACGGGCUUUCCUGGCAGAAGCUUCGCAAUGGCGACAUGAGUGACGUGCCGAGCCUUACCUGGAGCUCCGAGACGAGCAUCUUCCGGGACCCUUCUGGUAAUCCCAUCUCAGAGGAGCCGUCGUUCGAAGAGCUCUGUGCCUCGGACUUUGGCGAUGACGACUUUGGAGAAGAUAGUUUCCCGACGAGUCGCCCUCGUCAAGCCGUCCCUCUUGCCCGCAGUGACGAGCUCAUCGAACCCCCCAGCUUCAUGAUCGAUGCGAACCACGAACAGGCUCUGGACAAGAUUGUUCGAUGGAUGAUCUCUCCUGAUCCUUCGGACCGACCCAUGGCGGAUCAGUUGCUGGAGACCCACGGCGUCCAAUUUGUGGAUCGUCGACGUCGUGCCGGAGCCACCGUGUAUGAAGGCAACUGGGGCCCGGCAGACGAGAUGCUCGCUGAAGAUGCCGAAAUGAUCGACGUGUGA